GCCCUCGCCGACUCGUGCUCGCCUCAGUCGAGGAUGUGGCGCUCUCGGCGCGACGACACUCAACGCGUGCAAAAUUUGUGUUCAUUUAUCUGUAGACGCUCGUGACCAUUCAGUGUGAUUACCGUACUGCUUAUUCAUAGAUUCCUAUACGCAAUGAUCUGUGAUCACGUCAAUUUCUUUAGGACAUUAAGUAAAUAAGUUAGUUUUACCGCGCUUUUGCACCGUAGUCCAUCGAAGCCCAAAUCGCUGUGUUCGUGUGUACUGUGUAAGCGUGCCUGUGCCGAAGUGUGUGCGUGUGCGGCUGUGCCGCUUAUGGUGGUGUGGAGUGCGCGGUGCGGGGAUGCGCUCGUGCGAUGCUCUCGGUGUUCGCGAUGCGUCGGCCGGAGGACGAGGAGCUAGGCGGUCGCGGCGACGGCGACGAGUUCGUGGACAUCUCACAUAUGCAACUACUUGUCGAGGCAGGCCCGAGCGGGUUGCACUAUGGCGGUCCACAGCCACCUCUUGCGCAGCCGCAGCCCUAUGCUCAACUGCCUGCGCACACAUCCCCAGUGACGGCGACGGCCACCUCCACCACCGCCUCCGUCGACGACUUGUUUGCUCUCUAUUUUACACCAACCACCCAUGGUACUUUGCCAGGCGACGACUUAUCGCUGGGAUGUUCGCCGCGGCGACACAAACAUGAGGCUUCAUUGUCUCCCGGAGCGCGCGCUGAGGACGCCAGUAAUGCGUCAAGCGCAAGCGCCUCACUAUAUGCAACACCGAUGGGUGGCAAACGCGCCCCAUCGCCGCCGCUACAAUGGCUGCUACCGUCUGGUCCCGGUCCAGGUAGCGUCGAUAAAUAUUUUCAACAAGAGUACGAAGAACGCAUUGAACUACUCCCUCCUGAAUGUCAGCCUUCUUAUUGUGCCCCUCCGCAAGCUUGUCCGCAACAACACUGUGAAUAUCGACCUCAGCCGCAGCAACAACCUCAACAUUCGUGGGAAUCACAAGAAUAUGCUAGUGCACCGCAGCCAACUCCCGGACCCUCAGGAAUACCUAAACGAGAGCCUUAUCCUAGUCCAGCCGGCGAUAGGCCUGUUCAGUUAGCCGAAUUCAACCAGUCCACGAGUAAAGGUCACGAAAUUCUUUCUCAAGUAUAUCAACAGAGCGCUCAGCCCCUUCGAUUAGUUGCUGUUAAACCUCGCAAGUACCCCAAUCGUCCGAGCAAGACGCCUGUACACGAGCGGCCUUACGCCUGUCCUGUGGAGGGAUGCGAUCGCAGAUUUUCACGAUCGGACGAGCUGACGAGGCACAUCCGCAUUCACACUGGCCAAAAACCGUUCCAGUGUCGCAUCUGCAUGCGUUCGUUCAGUCGAUCUGACCAUUUGACGACGCACGUGAGAACGCAUACGGGUGAAAAACCAUUCGCUUGCGAUGUAUGCGGGCGUAAAUUCGCAAGGUCGGAUGAGAAAAAACGCCACGCAAAAGUGCAUUUGAAGCAACGACUGAAACGGGAGCGUGGAGGUGGCGGGCCGACGCACCACCACGAGCCGCACCCGCACGCGCCGCUCUAGCCCGCAGUUUCCGGCUCUGCCGCAGCGACUUCCACCGCGCCCGCGUCGUCGCCGGCGCCUUCGCCCGCACAUUCCAGUGAGGACGCGCCCGCCUCUGUCGCGAGAUCCGCACCCGCGGAUAAAUGAACUGUUAAUUACUUUCACGUUGAAGUUAUUAAAUAAUUUCAUCGAAUAGUUGUAAAGAAGUUGUCUUUAACGAAGCUUUAUUAACUCUACAUUUGUAAAUUCACUGAAAUUUAUAUAACUUUUUAUACAUAUUUGUAACUAUUACGAUAGAAACAAUCAACUUGAUGUAUUUAUUUUAAUUAGAUAGGAUAAUGAAUGAAUUAGACUGGGAACAAAUAUAACUACGAAGUGAUGUGGCUUAAAGUGUCCAGCGCGACGGAAGAUUACGUGACUACGUCCCCGACAUAUUCGGUGUAGCACUAACACAUAUCUUUCUGUCUGACGAUAGUCUUUAGCUAAACAUUACAAAUGUCUCUAUGAUUGUUAUUGAUCGUAAGGUCAAGUUCAUGUGUGCUGAAGUGAUCGUUGAGAAGUGAUAUGUCAUAGGCCUAUUGCAGAAAGUUUCAGUUCAGAAAAUAUUUGCCAGUUGCUAAUAUAGGUUUUUAGAUUAACGAGCGUAGAUAGGUACUGUUUACUAUUAAAAUAUUUUCCUUCUAUUGAUGUUACAUUAAGUUAUGGCAAACAUUUUCUGACAAAACUGUCUUCUUAUUUAUUAAGUAAGAAUGUAGUAUAUUAAUGUUCUUAUACUUUACAAAACUAACGUGAAACUGUGCCAUUAUUUAACUUUACCACGUGCCACGGCAAUUUGAUUUAAUACUAAGUGUAACACGACUGCUGAUUAAGUGAUAAUUAUUAUUAUAAAUAUCUUAUUUUAUUUUAAAAUUUCUAGUCGAAGAUAUGGGUGUGAGAAUGUCGACUAAAGUUUGCUCUUGACCGUCAACUAAGAAACCCAUUCCUCUUAUUUUCGACAGCUGCUGUCAUGAUCUUUUCUUGCUCAAACGUUUGUUUAACAAAAUUUGCUCAAUCCUCUGGUUUUAUACUUACCGACUAAAUAGAUCAUCUGCUCUGUAACUAAAUCCGGCUUACUUUUAAUUUUUUUUUGUUACAUUCUUCCAAUUCUAUUUAUUUAUUUAUUUUUAUAAUUAGACUAAUUUAGUAAAGUUAUUAAGCUCGUAGAAUUUAAAUUUUGAUCUCUUAAUCAAUAUUAAUUAUGUGCAAAUAUAGCGAGGGCCCCCGUUAAUAAUACUCAAGUCUUCUAUUUAGAUAUAAAUACCAUGGUGUAUAAUCGUAUUUGAUUCAUAACAGCUGAAAUUUCAUAUAUGUAAUAAAUAUAUACCUAGAGCACAAAUAAUUUAACAUAUUUAUAGUUCAAAAUAUACGAAUCUAUAUAUUUAUAUUAAAAGCCUUCAACUUUAAACAUGGUUGUAUAAAAGUUCAAUAGGACGUUAUUUAUUUAAUAAAUUGUUGAAUUGCUCGCUAAGCAAGUGAACUGCAAUAUGUAAAUAAAUCAAAUUAGAACAAAAAUAAAGUCACACUUAAAAAAAGUGAUAAAUAUACAACAGGGUGGGCCUUUCGAAUAUAAUACAAUCGUUAUUAAUUAAGAUAUCUGACAAUAAUAUAACUAACACACGUCUCUUAUGUCUAACCGCGUAUUAAGGUAGCGUCGGUCUACCAUGCGUUUUUACGAAAUCAUGUCUCCCGUUCUCUCUUCAGCCGCACGUCUAAGCCGAACUGAAGUCACGGGCGCUCGAACUGAUCGCGCGCUAAUGUACACCUUUACAAAAGUAUACUUGAUAAGGAUAUGGUGUACGACUUUAUAAUGUUUUUACUACUGUAGAUGAGACGUGGUCUCUGUUAGGCAAGGCUAGCGUAGAUAGGUUUUAAUAAAGUGUAUUCGUGUUAGUAAAACAAGUGAAAAUUGAAACUGAGAAGACUAAAUUCUUGAACAUUUUAUGUAAUGUUGCAUCGCGUUAAAGUUAUUGAUAUACAUUUUGUAUUAUGAUACCAUGUUGAGCGUCCUAUGGUAGCCGGCCGCUCGCUGCGACCACGGGACAGCGCCUACUUACAUUGUUGAAACCUCUAUUAUAUUCCAGCUCUGUUGCGGAACUCUCGCCAUUAGUUACAUUUCAGGUUACUCUCUAGCUCUUAAUGACUAUAAAAACGAAUGAAAGAAUAUGUUCAUGGUGUUCACUUGAUAGUGAAGUGUACGAAUUUUCUGUAUGUUUACCUAAAAUUUAAGCUGUCUUAUGUAUUUCACUGGAGUGAAAGAUGUUGUUGAUGUUCUAAAUUUAGAUAGUUUUAAGUCUACUUAGGUAUUGUUAAAUCUCACUAAUUUUUACUAAAUUCUAUUUAAUAUAUUUGUAAAUACACUCUGAUUUCAUUUGAAUUUAAUGUGUAUAUAAGAGAAAAGAACAUUUUUAUUUAAUAUGAAAAUUCACCUAAGGUGCGAAAAUACAAAUUGUUGAAAAAUUUAAA